AAAUUACGCCUCAAAUAUAUCAUCCUGUUCAAGCCAUAUCGAAUUUGCAGCAGAGGCGAUGACAGAAUAUGAUCGAAGAAGUGAACUAGAAGAGUUUGAUAAUACAAAAGCUGGAGUGAAAGGACUUAUAGAUGCUCAGUCAACGAAAAUACCGCGCAUAUUUGUUCAUAAUGAGCUCAAGCUUGAAGAUAACUCAAGUCAAGGGAACUGUCAAUUGAAUGUUCCUGUAAUUGACUUUGCAGGAGUGAAUGAAAACCCAGAUUCUCGUAGCGAAAUCAUCAAUAGAGUAAGAGAGGCAUGUGAAACUUGGGGCUUUUUUCAGAUCGUCAACCAUGAAGUUCCUCUAACUGUUAUGGAUGAAAUGAUUGAUGCUGUUAGAAGAUUCCAUGAGCAGGACAUCGAGGCGAAGAAGCAAUUCUAUUCACGCGAUGUGACCAAAAAGUUCUAUUACAAUUCGAAUUUUGAUCUGUACCAAACUUCAGCAGCUAAUUGGAGGGACACUCUAUCUUGUAUAUUGGCUCCUGAUCAACCUGAUCCUGAAGAAUUGCCAGCAGUCUGCAGAGACAUCCUCCUUGAGUAUUCGAAACAUGUAACCAAGCUUGGGCAAACUCUGUUUGAAUUGCUGUCCGAAGCACUUGGUCUUAAACCGGGUUACCUGAAAGAUAUUGGUUGUACUGAGGGACUUUUUCUUGUUGGACAUUACUAUCCAGCAUGCCCUGAGCCUGAGCUAACACUUGGUACUAGCAAUCACACAGACAGUGGCUUCCUUACUCUGCUUAUACAAGACCAGGUUGGUGGCUUGCAAGUACUCCAUCAAAAUCAAUGGAUUGAUGUCCCUCCCUUGCAUGGAGCUGUAUUAGUAAAUGUUGCAGAUCUUUUACAGCUAAUCACCAAUGACAAAUUCAAGAGCGUCAAUCAUCGAGUACCAGCUAAAAGAGUAGGACCUAGAAUUUCAGUAGCAAGUUUUUUCAGAACACAUUUUGGCGAAGGGUCUGAACAACGCAUAUAUGGACCAAUAAAAGAAUUGAUAUCUGAAGAAAAUCCUCAAAUCUAUAGGGAAAUAUUUACAAAGGACUACCUCUCACUUUACUACAAGAAAGGGCUCGAUGGGACAUCACCAUUAUCAUACUUUAAGCUGUUGAAGUAUUGAGAGCCAUGUUUCUGAAAUAAAAGUCAGCUUUACAAGCUACUAGUUUCAGUUACAUAUGGUCUGUCCUGAGAAAGGAUCAUGUUCCUCGAACUUGAUGUGAUUUCCACAAGGUGGUGAGUAUGCAGCCACUCAUCCAAUUCUAAUAACUUAAAUAUAGAGGUAUGGUGGCUGUGUUUAUUGCACUAGCAUAUGUGUGAUAGCAGAUUUUGGACUAUGAAUAUAUUUGCCUUUUCCCCGUGUCUCAAUUACCA